AUGGAUGCCAAGAAAGGGGCAGGUUUACCUUAUCCACCUCCCCUGACUAAUGACAAUUAUUCCUCAUGGUCUGUGAAAAUGAAAGCCAUGCUUCAGAGUCAGAGGGUGUUUGGAGUGAUUGAAAAUCCAAUCCCAGCUGCACCCACACCAGCUUGGAAUUCUCAGAAUGUGAAAGCCAGGUCGGCUAUGAUUCUGUGUGUCUCAGAUGAGCAGCUCGUGCAUAUAGCAGAUAUGCAACACGCGCGCGAAAUUUGGCAAACGCUGCAAAGAAUCCAUCGAAGGGAUGCUGCAGGUACUGCGCUGUUGCAUUUUGAAAAACUCACAAACAUGAGACUGGCGCCUGAUGGGGAUGUGAUGGUGCAUUUGACAGAGAUGAAACAUUUACGCCAGCAGAUGGCGCAACACAAUUUCCUCUUCAGGAAGAGAUAUUUUGCUUUAUGAUCAUUAACAGCCUUAAUCGGACUUACAAAACCGUUGCAAGUCAACUUGGAUCUCUACCUGUAUCUGUUAACUUUUGAUAAGAGUGAUUACAAAAGUUGUACUGCAUGUGAGUCUAAAAUGCUUUCUCUUGCAGGUAUAUCGGACGGAGCCAAGGCUAAAAAGGCACCUAAGAUUACCAGUGUUUUUCAGCGAGUGUAUGCUGAUGUAAUUGGUCCUCUAGCACCAUCUAGAGGCAAUGCAAAAUACUACCUUGCAUUUGUUGAUCACUAUUCUCAAUAUGUAUGGAUAUAUAUAUUGGGAUCACCCAGAGAAACCUUAGCAAGGUUUAAAGAGUUUUGUGAUAAGGUUAAGAAUAUUCAUGAUGCUAAUAUUGAUUUUCUUUUCACAGAUGAAAAGCCAAUUUUUCUUUCACAGGAUUUUCAGGAUUUCAUCAAGAGACAACGGAUAGAGCAUAAAAUUGCUGUCUCAGAAGCUGCAUGGAACAAAAGUGUGUGUGUAAAGGUGAACAAAGAGUUGCAGAAUGGCAUGAAUGCACAAUUGCUGAGUUCACAUUUGCCACGUGAGUAUUAGGCUGAAGCUUUAUCUUCUUAUUGUUACACUUGGGUGAGAAAGGUUUCAAAAGGUAUGGAAAGUUCUCCUUUUGAGAGGCUAUUCCACAGGAAACCUUCUGUAAAUCAUUUUAAGGUUUUUGGAUCUCACAUCCGUACAGAAACUCCAGAUGGGGUAAAGAAUGCCAGAGGCAUUUUUGUGGGUUAUGAAAAGGGUCUCUACAGAGUAAUUUUGUCUGAAUCUGGUCAGGUGAUUCUCACAAAGUUUCUAGAGAGCACUCCAAGACAGGAGACAGAGGUUUUUCAAACAUUUCCCAUUGCUGACAAUUCAGAUGAUGAUUCUGAUGAUUCUGAUUAUUCUGGUACUGAGAGUGACACAGAAAGCUCAGGAAGUUCUGUUGACACAGUCAUUGAGAGAGGUUCACACACAAUGGCUAGACCUUCACAGGUUAAGGUUGAACCACUGUUUACUGUUGGAACUGGUUCUCCAAAAGGUCCUGAGGAUGAACCAGUCAGCAAGGAGGAUCAACACCUCAUACGCAGGUCUGAAAGAAUCACAAAGGGCGUACCACCCAAGAGGUAUUCUCAAGAGUUUGCUAAUUCAGCUGUUGCAUGUAUUACUAUUGUUGACAACUCAAGCCUGGUAAAAGGUGUGUCUAAGUCAGAGACAAAGACACAACAGGGAGUUGCUAAGCGUAACACUACAUUCCCUAACCAAGGUAAUGCAGAUGCACUCAUUCCUUGGAAAACAGACACCCAAAGAGUUACAUUGGUGAAACCAGUGGCGAGUAGUUCCAAGGGUGGAACUGAAACAACACGAGAUUGUUACAUGUAUAACUACUGUUUGUUUUCUUCUCUGGAUCAAGCUUUGCUCGCAGCUAACGUUGAUUCAUAUGGGGGAGUAUGUUACGAUAUGAGAGCAACGCAGCUGCAAACUGGCAGCUUGGUGAAAACAUCACAUGAUGUGACUAGCUGUGGGAAAGAAUCUUCCCGGAAGUUCACAGGCUUCUCAAAGCUUUGUGAAGUGUGUAAUAUAAGACCUUCCUGUUGCGUAUGUGAAGGAAGUCUUAGUCACUUGCUUGCUGAACACUGAACUGUUCGGACAUGUUUUUUGUAGAGUUACAUCAGUCAGAAAUAAACAAGAUGUAAAAGGAUUUCUGACUAUCUCCUUUCUCUUGCCGGUCAUUACGAGUGAAGGGUAUAAAGUGGUCUGUAACGCAGGCUCAAAAAUAUUCUGAAUUUUUUCAGCAGGAGAUCAUACAAACCUAUUCAGCCCUUGGCAUAACUUCAUAUGAUCACGAUCAAACUAUUAAUCUAUUUGCCAAUCUGUUGAAUGACCUCACGUCAUUCUUUUCUGUCCCAACCCACCAGGCAAAUUGGGCCCACCCCAAGACAGGUGCACCGUGGUUUAACCGUAAUUGCAAACAAGCCAAACAACAUCUUUGUGCUAUUUAUAAUGAUUACAAAUCCUCAGGGCGAUUACGCUUCCCAAGGAGUACUAUCAGGCAAAAUCAGCUUACAAAUAUGUGCAGAAAAAGGCCAAACAGGAAUGGCAAUUGAACCGCUGGCAAGCACUUAUAGCUGCCUCAAGUACCCGUAAUUCCGAAAAUUCUGGCUGUUGGUUAACAGAAAAUCGAAAAGAUACCCCUUAACAGUUAUUCCUGCCCCAAUUUGGGAAUCCUUUCUAAGGAAUUAUUUUGCCUUACCAGACCUUAAUAUUAAUACAAUAGAUGGAGUCUAUGAGCAGCUCCCUCUUUGGCCACCCACUGACCCGGAAGAAAUCCACAGACUUAUUUCUAAUCUUAAAAUCGGAAAAGCCCCCGGUCCUGAUCUAGUCCCGGCAGAAGCUAUAAAACUUCAUGCUGACUGGUGGGCGAAAAUCUUGGCCGCUACCUUUGAUGCCGUAAACAACAGUGGGAAGGUACCAAGAAUAUGGAAGGAUGCGAUUAUUGUUCCAAUUCAUAAAAAGGCUCGACAGAUGACCCGGAAAUUACAGGAAUAUCAGUUUAUUGUCAUUAAUUGGGAAAAUAUAUGCACGGUUCUUGUUAACUAA